AAAACUCUAAGAUUUAUAUCGAUCUUGAGCUAUUGAUUUAUCUUCUUGUUCGCGAUCCAGUUUAUUGUGACUCGAAUUUUUAAAACGUUGUAUUCAUGAAGUAACUUUACAUAGUCAAGCGAUGGAGCCUGGAGUCAGCAGCGCGAUUGUUUCUUUAGUGUUUUUAUUCAUCCCUUCGUUCAUGCCUGUUCUUUCGGCUAGUGUGAGAAGUGUGGGGAUUACCAAAAAGGAAAAUUCCACCGACAUUGCAUGGGAAAGUGUCAUUGAAAACUUCUUAAAGGAAAGUACGAUCGACAACAUCACCGAAAGCCUACUCGGUGAAGAUCAUAACUUAGAUAAUGAAAGAGGAAAUAUGCUUGAUAAUACACCGAAAUUCCGAAAUAUAAGCAACAAUUUAAAUAAUGAACACCAUGGAAAUGUACACAAAUCUUUUCGUAGAAAUGCACUGCAUCCUAAAAUAACAUCACUGAAACAGAAUUCAUCAUCAGAAAAUAAAACACACAAGCUAACUUUACUUACAGAAAGUCAAAAUCCGAAAAUGAAUUUAUCUGAAGCGAGUCGAAAACCGGAAGUAAAUGAAACUGAAAGUAGAACACCACCGGAAAAGUCUAAGUCCUUGAAAGAUCAACAAGAAUCACCACAUCCAAAGGCAGACGUACCAGAAGCCGAAGCUUUGCCGUCGAUAGUAAACAGAGGGAGAAAGUACCUGCACAAAAUCGACCCUACGACGUUCAUUCGCUGGCAUAUGGAAAAUAAAUCGGCCAUCUUUGAGAGAGGACUUCUGAGCACGACCAGGGAGGACUGCUCGUUUGGCUACGUCCGACAUGACGAUCGAUGUUACUCGGUCUUUGACGUGCUGACUCAUUUCGAUGACUGUGUAGUGAUCUGUCACCUUUUUAACGGGUCCAUCUCUAUGCCGACCUCCGCGACCACCAGGGACUUCAUCCAUCGGCAAGUGACCGACUCGGUGGCAGCGAUGAGCCUGACGGUGGAUAACCCUUACUGGUUGGGUGUCACGUACAUCAAAAACGCCUGGCGCAGUUACCAUACCCCCAGUACCGUCAUAAAGUACUUGUAUUGGGCGCCAGGAGAACCCAAGACAUUGGCGCCUAACGAAUGCGCCGCUGCCCGACUGUCCGACGGCCUGUGGAUGACCUACGACUGUCGACUCUGGGCGUACUGUAUAUGCGACUCGGAACUGAUGGACAUACAGAAUGUAUCACCGUAUGGUUAAAUCAGCAGUAGAGGGACAGUGAAUAGUUGUACCUACAAGCUUGCCACUGAGUAACGGAUUUUUGUUUUAUUAAUGAAACUUGGGAUUUGAUUCAAAUCGAUGGGGCGUUGUCUUUUAAAAAUCUAAAAUAAUGUUGUUUUUUUAAAACGUGUUUGAAGUCAUUUUUCCAAACAUGUAAAAAUACAUUUUAAAAACUUGCUUACUCAAUCUUUUGUCGUGCUUCGUUCAUCGAUCGAAACUAGCAAGCAAAAUUUCGACCUCUAUUUACCGAUCAAUUUCUCCUAUCCGCUUCUUUUUUUUUUAGUUAGUGGUUCUUUAUUAUAUAUUUAAAGAAAAUAUUUUUUUCCCGUUUUUAGUGCAUUAUUACAUAAAAACUUGUAAUUAAAACGUU